CAUAAGUGCUCAAUACUAGUUGAGUUGACCAAGGUUUGUCGCCGCAAGUGUACCCAGAACUACAUCCCUUUCAAGGAAACAUUUUGUUCUUAUACAUUUUGGCAUGUUAGAAGACAACUGAAACGUCGGUACAUUCAUUAUUAGACUUGUAAUUCAGAGGGAUUAAAGGCUGACUAUCAAAAUGAAAGACUGACAAGGGCGAAUCAAAGGUGGUGAAGCUUACUAAAAGUGGUCGACUGAAAUACAGUGAGUUCUGCCAAGCCAUCGAAGCGAAAGAAUCUGCCUCCAGCUAAAAAUAAAAGCUAGCAAGUAUAAGAAGUGACCCACCUCGCUACUUACCAACCAAUGGAGGAUGAUAUAACACAGCAAGAUCCUUGUUUGAUGGUAAAUUAUACAGCGACUGUGAGAUGAUUGGACAAUCAAAUGAUCAAUUGGAAGGUGACUUGUUUUGCAGCCUCAUGAACGGAGCAGCCUUCCCCUCCCCCACUGCUGAACUGGCAGAAAUCAACCGUAUCCAGUAUGAGCUGGAGUACACGGAGGGCAUCAGCCAGAGGAUGCGCAUACCAGAGAUGCUCAAAGUGGGACCUCAAGCCCCUCAGGAUGGCAACCCACAGGAGCUCAUGAAUAGUGUCAUCAUGCAGGUUCCAGAGAGGAUUAUUGUUGCAGGAGAUGGCAGUGAGCCCCAGUUUGCCAGACCCCGAGAUCUUGACCUCAUUCAGUCAACACCCCUAGAGACCUUGUCCCUGAAGACUCCGCCAAGAGUCCUCACCCUUAGUGACCGACCACUUGACUUCCUGGAAGAAGAACAACGAGCAGCUCCAGACCGUGACGAGUUUCGGACCCAUGGACGUUCUCGACGUGAACGUUCUGUGAGUGAAAACGCAGCAAGCCGUCCAAACAACCAGCUUGCGCACAAUGAUUCUACAAGAUCGUCCCCCCCAGCCUCUGUCCACCCUUGCCCCCCUCUGACUGCUGUUGAAGAAGAUCAGAACCUUUACAGCGCUAGCGGUGUGUUUUCAUUCAUCCAGUCUACUACACGUCGGGCCUACCAGCAGGUCCUGGAGGUCUUGGAUGAGAACCCCCGAAGCAAACCGUCAUUGCGAGGGGGGUCUGCAUCCACCUCCAACCCCUUGCAGGACCCCAGACUUGCACUAUCAACUCUUGAAGCCUCGCUGGAUGGAUCAGAAGACAUGACUGUGGUAGAUGCUGCAGCUCUGAGGCGUCAGCUCAUCAAGUUGAAUAGAAGACUCCAACAUUUGGAAGAAGAGAACAAGGAGCGAGUGAAGCGGGAGAUGAUCCUGUAUUCAGUCACCGUAGCGUUCUGGCUCAUCAACACCUGGGUGUGGUUGCGUCGCUAAGAAUGUCCCAACACUCUGCCUGCACAGUAAUCCAACCCAUCCUGGUUCUACGUGUGUCACAUUAAGCCUAAAUGCUGCGCUCCGUCCUUGACAGAUGUAAAAAUCUGCUGCAUUCAGGACCCUUUUGUUGUUUAUUGAAUACAUGUACAGUUUUAUUUUAUUUUAUUUUUUACUUGUAUGCCCUUUCUUUGAACCGUCUGUUUUUCUGUCAUGGUUUUAAUUGUAGAGCCACUUGCUGAUUGCUGAGCAUGACUUGUAAAUACGCUGCGUAGGACGAUGCCAUUUGUAGGAAGUUGCACUGAGCUCGACCGGAUGUCUUACUGACGCAUUGUAGCAGGAUAUAUUCUGAUUUGAUCAAAGAACUAUUAAACAUAAGUAAGUAAGAGUCUUUCUUAUUCUAUACCUAGAUUAUUUAUAGAGACAUU